UGCACCAGCUCCUCCUUCGACGGGAUCAUCGCGAUGAUGAGCCCUGAGGACAGCUGGGUCUCCAAGUGGCAGCGAAUCAGUAACUUCAAGCCGGGUGUCUACGCAGUGUCUGUGACCGGCCGCCUGCCCCAAGGGAUCGUCCGAGAGCUGAAGAGCCGUGGUGUGGCUUACAAGUCCCGAGACACAGCUAUAAAAACCUAA